GAGCUCGCCGGCCCGGAGCAGCGGCGCCCUCGGGGCGGCUGGACAGGCCCCGCGCCAUGCCCGAGGGCUGAGUGCCGCCGCCGCCGCCGCAGGGCCUCGUCCCGCCUCGCGUGGGACCGCGCGCGCCCAGGUCGGGGCCCAGGCGGCCGACCAUGGUGCUGCCUCCCCCGGACCGGCGCCACGUGUGCCUGACCACGCUGGUGAUCAUGGGCAGCAUGGCGGUCAUGGACGCGUACCUGGUGGAGCAGAACCAGGGCCCGCGCAAGAUCGGCGUGUGCAUCAUUGUGCUGGUGGGCGACGCGUGCUUCCUGCUGGUGCUGCGCUACGUGGCCGUGUGGGUGGGCGCCGAGGUGCGCACGGCCAAGCGCGGCUACGCCAUGAUCCUCUGGUUCCUCUACAUCUUCGUGCUGGAGAUCAAGCUCUACUUCAUCUUCCAAAACUACAAGGCGGCGCGGCGCGGCGCGGCCGACCCGGUGGCGCGCAAGGCGCUGACGCUGCUGCUGUCGGUGUGCGUGCCGGGCCUCUUCCUGCUGCUGGUGGCGCUCGACCGCAUGGAGUACGUGCGCACCUUCCGGAAGCGCGAGGACCUGCGCGGCCGCCUCUUCUGGGUGGCGCUGGACCUGCUGGACCUGCUGGACAUGCAGGCCAGCCUGUGGGAGCCGCCGCGCAGCGGGCUGCCCCUGUGGGCCGAGGGCCUCACCUUCUUCUACUGCUACAUGCUGCUGCUGGUGCUGCCGUGCGUGGCGCUCAGCGAGGUCAGCAUGCAGGGCGAGCACAUCGCGCCGCAGAAGAUGAUGCUCUACCCGGUGCUCAGCCUCGCCACCGUCAACGUGGUGGCUGUGCUGGCGCGCGCCGCCAACAUGGCGCUGUUCCGCGACAGCCGCGUCUCCGCCAUCUUCGUGGGCAAGAACGUGGUGGCGCUGGCCACCAAGGCCUGCACCUUCCUGGAGUACCGGCGCCAGGUGCGCGACUUCCCGCCACCCGCACUGGCGCUGGAGCUGCAGCCGCCCGCCCCGCAGCGCAACUCGGUGCCGCCACCCCAGCCUCUGCACGGCCCCCCGGGCCGCCCCCGCGGCCCCUCGCCCACGCGCGAUGCCCUGGACACGUGACCGGGGCCCCCAGACUCCGAGACGCGUGGCGGCAGGCGCGCGCGGUUUGCAUGGGAUGGGGUGGGAUCAGGUGCGGAGAGCGCCCCUACCCGCGGGGCCCGCGGCCGCGCCUUCAUCUCAGGGAUCCCUCGGACCACGGACCUCGGCCCCGGCCUGUGAGCCAGUGUGUGCGGCCGGGGCGGAGCGGGGAGGGUCCCGCCUCCACCUGCGGGGGGGUCUGGGUGGCAAGGGAGCACAGAGUGGGCCGAGGUCUGGUCCCUUGGGGUCCCUCGGUGGGGGCCUCUGGCUCAGCGUUUGGGACCGAGGAGGCCUCUGUCAUUUUAAAGACUCGUGUUUACAGUUUUGUAUGUAA